AUGGUUAAACUUACUAGUGCUAUCAUUUAUAGUAGAACAAGAUGCAGUACUGAUACGGUAAAAAAAAUUAAUUUAUGGGGUUGUGAAAUAGAUGAUAUUUCUAUAUGUAAAGAGAUGGUUAAUUUACAAGUAUUAUCGUUGUCAAGGAAUAAAAUAAAAACAUGUGAACCAUUAAAAUAUUGUAUAAAUUUAGAGGAAUUAUAUUUAAGAGGAAAUGAGAUAGAAGAUUUUCAUGAAUUUGAUUGGUUAAAAGAUUUAAAAAAAUUAAAAGUUUUAUGGAUUGAUGAGAAUCCUUGUACUAAAAAUCUUGACUAUAGAAAGGCAAUUGUAAGAUUAAUACCAACAUUAACAAAAUUAGAUGAUCGUUGUGUUUCUGAGGAGGAUCAUGGUAGAGGAUUACUUCAUGAAAUUACCAAUACACCAUCAAUUGAUAUUAUUUCAUCCUAUCAAAGUGUAUCUGGACAAAGACAAAGUAUGUCUCCAUCAAAUGUAGAUGUGAUGUCUCAAAGUAUGUAUUUACCCUCAAAUAUGACUGGUAUUAAUUCAACAAAAAUAGACUCAACAACCACCUCUUAUCCUUAUCAAAAAAAUAUUUCUCAACAUCAUUCAGGAAGUUUAGCAUCCUCUGAAUAUCAUUCAUAUCAUCACCAGUUACAUCAAUGUCAACAACAAAAUAUUACUGGUACAAGUAAUGGUUGUAGAACACAAAAUACUAUGACAACAUCCUACAUCUCAACACAUCCUAAAAAUAAUGAUAGUAGAAUUGGGAAUGUGAUGUCAAAAUCAAUGAUUGAGAUUCCUAGUAGACUUUCAAGUAACUUUAAUUCAAUGCACAGUAUUUUGGAUGACAAUGAAACAAUUUAUGAAGUUGGGGAUGAUUUAACACCAACAGAUGGAAAUUAUCAAUUUUUUGAUCAAUUUGAACAAAUUCAAGAAAAUGGAACUCCUGUUGAUCCAAUUGUUAAUCCAUUACCUAAUUCAGGUAUUGAAUCAUUUACAAGUGGGGGCAUUUCAGCAAGACAAAGUAGAAACUAUGACAAUUUUAAUCAUUCACAUCAAUAUUCUUCUUUAAGUAAAAGAAAACUUAACUCAAGAAGUUAUUCCAUGAGUCCAGGAAGGAAAAAUCGUAUUGAUAAUAUUACUUCAGCUAUUAGUAGUCUUAUGACAGAACUUGACAUGGAAGGUCUAAGAAACAUAAUUGAAAUAGCAGAAGAAAAAAUUAAAAAAAUGCGUUAA